GUUAGUGAAACCAGGCUUCAGGGUUCAGAUAGAGGUCUGUGUGUGGUGAUUUGACUCCUGAUCUCAUGCUGCCAUAAAUGAUGUGUGUGUUUCAACUAAUCUGCUAUCCAUGACAAAUUUAUGUUGUAGUUUAACCUUGUAUCGACUUUUUAUGGUGUAGCCUAGGAUGUGAUAAGAACUUCAGGGACACGUAUAGAGAUGUUUAUGUUUGACUUCCUUUGAUCUGAGCUGAAGAAGGAAGAAGGAGGAGGGAAGACCCCCGCCCAUCUGACUGAUACCGGAGGGGGCUGGGAGAGGACCCAAGGCCGGAGAAUGUUUCCGAGGCAGGGGUUGCCAUGGAGACGGAAGGGGGGCUAGGAGGAGAGAGUUGAGGAGAAUAAAAGGGUGAGGGCUCCGGGGAGAAGUGGUCGGUCUGGGGCUUUUUGGGUGUUGGAGAAGAGUUCGGAGGACAACUGUAACGGUUGAGUGAUCUGACCCGCUGCGUCGGGAAAUCUGGAAUAUUUUUACUUCAUCAUAUAAAAUAAAAUAUUUGCUCCUUCAUAUAAGGGGCUUUAAACGGAAUCUCCAGCCUGGGGUCUCCAAUCGUGUCGUGUAACAGCUGAAAGGGAGAACAAGAGAGAAGCUUCCUGCAUAAAAGACCCCAGGAUGGAAAAGUUGAAAAGAUUGAGGGGAACCAGGAAGGUAACACAAUCAGAUGUGCAACCCCUAACCAAAAAACAGUCUGGCUUGGAGACUGUAAAGAACUGGGUCCCACUAAAUGAAGGUGGAAUUGCAUCCCCAAUAUGGCUGCUGAGUGCAUCAAGUUCAGGGGGGAUUACAUUAGGUAAAGUACAAGGGCAAAGUUGUGAUGAGGAGGAGUGCUUCAGCUGGUCAGUUUACAGACCGGGUACAUGCGCAAACUGUGGCAAUGAAGUUGCUGAGAUAAGGUGGGAAGGCCCGAGAUUUCUUAAAGACAAAGUUCUGAGAAAAAAUCCUUCACCCACGAAUGCUGUGGAAUUACAUGGUGUGAUGAAAGUGGCGUGGUGUGGAGAUUGUUGGAUGAGUAAAGCAGGCAAAACAAGAAUUGGUCGUCUGGAUCAUCAUAGUGUUGAUGAAUCUAGAAAAUGUUGCAGAGUGGACAAAGGAAGACUCUCCAGUUGUUCCAGUUCAUGUGGGGUGCGAAUUUACCCUGUGGUGUUGCUGGUUCCUGAGAUGAGUCACCUGUCAGGCUUGACAUGCUCCCAGGCAUAUUGGGAGAAUUGCUUUAAAGAGAUAGUGUGUACUAGAAAGGGAGGGAGUUUGAGUGAAACUUUCUCACCUUGGGGAAAGGUGCUGUGGGAAGCUACUGAACCACAGCUGUGUUGGAGAGACAGGUGAGGCAAGUUUCCUGUAACCACUGACGAGUGGGAAAGGAGACAGGUUCGUCAUGAGACAACAGAUAAGGAUUGGUACACCUCAGCUACUGUACCAACAUGUAAUGACUUGUCAAUAACCAGAAGUCAGACGCAAGUAUUAGUUAAAACAAAAAAAGGCUGGAGGAAGCUGGAUGUCUGGAGAGACUCACUCAAGAAGAGUAAUGGUGUUUUAAUAGCAGUAAACUUGGAGUGGGAUCGGCACGCGGAGACCCCCAGGCUAUUUACAAGGGACACCGUGGCUGCGCCAAGGCCACAGGUGAAUUAAGAAAAAUGUGUAUGAUGAAGCUCUCUGCCUAACUUUCCUCGUC